AGAUGACAUCAAUCAAUACUAUUAAAACUGAAGGGCCUUUUUUGAGGCCACCUCAAAGUUUUGAAGUAUUUACAAUUCUAUGCCACUGAAAUGUUUUUAAACUAUGAUUUUCUAUUAUUUAAUACAUAAUACUAUAUAUUCCAAAAACUUUUAUUAUUUAAUUCCCUUUUACGCUUUACGACAUUAAAUAUUUUUCAAGCCUUUCUAUGUUUUCACAAUUAUGAUUAAUGCAAUUCUUAGAAAAAUUAUGUCGCAACAUAUUGGAAAUGUUUAAAUUAUUCGUAUUUUUGGUUUUAUACAUAGUGAAGUAAAGUCUGAGUUCCAAAAAAAAAAAAAAAGAGUGAAGUAAAGUCUCCAGCCACACUUACGAUCAACAAGAAUGAAUCGAUAAUAGAACCUGCAGAAAGACAACUACUUAGUAACUCAUAUAUUUUCAGAAUGAUAUACAAGACCAUACAUUUUUCAAAUAUUUACCAAUAAGUCCAUGUAUUAAAGAGUUCAUUUCGAACAUAUUUGCAAGCUAAUUAGAUAAUCUGCCGGUUUAAGCGGCUAAUAUAAUAACUUGAAUUUUAAACUAAAAGUCUAAUAGCAUAACAAAAAUAUAUAAUAUAUUCUGUUUCCAAUAUUCCAAGUAAUUCCUUAAAAAAAUGUUAACUAACAAACAAAUAUAAUGUUUUCUGUUUCCAAUAUUCAUUUAUUCAAUUAUAUUUAGUUUGUUCAAAAUAUUAUAUUUCCUAUAUAGCUUUGAAAACCAGUUUUAAAAUCUAACCUAAUAUAUAGCAACUAAUUUUGAAAUCAAUGUCGACAACUAAUAUAGGAUCGAUUUGACCCUCGAUCAAGCAAAAUUCUCAAAGAUGUUACCUAACAAAAAAUAUAUAAUAUAUCUUAUAUUUCCUAUAUUCGCUUUAUACAAUUAAUAUUAGUUUGUUCAAAAUCUUAUAUUUCCUAUAUACGCUCUGAAAACCAAUUCGCGAGGAAUAUCCAUAAAAUAUACUACUCAGCGGUAUUCAUAAAUAUGGCACUAUCAUUCAGUAACCCACCUAUCCUUUUCUAUAUAUACAAGAUAUCUGACCAUAUUGAUCUAACACGAAAUUCACAAAAUAGCACAGAAACAUAUGAAAAUUACACAGAAGUUAUCAUACCUCUCCGAUGUGAGGCCUUUCAAAACAGCUGGUAUAUCAAAGUAGCUUUCCCACCAAAAAAAAAUGGUAAUAUGUUAUGAUGUAUCUUUACCCGUUUAAAAGAAAAAUCAUUUUGCUAUAACUUCAUGAGUUCAUACUUGAUUUAUCAGUUUGAAGUGGAAAUUAAGAAGGAUAAUCUCUUCAAUGGAUUUGAAUUUAAAAGGUUUCACGGGUUUGGAAUGGUAAGAAUAAUAUGACAAAGAACGAACAAUAAUCCAGAAUUUCAAGUUGACCAAUAAUCAACUAUUUUUGCUGCUACUAAGGUAACUAUUUUCUUUUGAUAUUGCACCUUUUUGUAACACUAUGUUUUAUAGAUAUUUCUGGCAUAGGUUUCUUUUAUUGAUUUUAAUAAUGGAGAUAGUUCUUAGUUUUGAUGAUAAGCAGAGCCAUUUUAGUCUGGUAGAAUACUGAAACAAAAUUUUCGUAUAAGUAGUAGUACUGAAUAUUUACUCUCUUCCUAUUAUAUUUGUCACCGCUGGAAACUAUAAAUACUUUGUGGUUGAAACUAUAUUAGUAACAUAGAUGAUCAGGUCAAGCUUUGCAUUGACCCUCAAACAUUUAUAAGGAUGAUCAGUCUAAAGUCUCUUAAAGUUCUUAACAAGUUCAUUUUGUGCAUGAUCAACGAUUAUUCCAAAAUGUGCAACAAUUAAAAAAUUUCAUAUAAUCCAUUUGACUAAUAUUCUAAUAUAGUGAUAUUGUAUUAUUCAUUGUUAAUGAAAUAUAUCAAGGAGUACAAAUUUGAAUAGAUUUCAGGGAAAUUGCAGAUUUUUGAUCAUCUGGAAAUUAAACAAAUAAUUACUUUUGUCAAAAAAAAAGUAAAAUAUAGUUUUUACGAUUGUAGUUUUUUUGUGGGUUAUUCUAUUGAACAUUUAAGUUAAUACAAUUAAAAUGUAAUCUCCUUUUUAGAUUAUAUUGUGUGGCUUUACCCGAAAAACAAUAAACAUAUUUGGUUGUUGAACCAAAUUUUGGGUUAACAUAUUGUAGAAUUUUAAUUUUAGAGUGAUACAAAAAGAUAUUUUAAUCUUUGAAUAAAAAGAAACCUAUUUGUUUUAUUAAUUUCCAAGCAUUUUAAAAUUUAUAUCUUCUUUUAAUAUCAAGACUGAAAAAGAUAAUUGUUUCGUCUCAGUGAUCACUUGAACUAGAGACCUCUAAAACAAUGCCAAUGAUCCUUUCAAAUUGAGAUAAUGAUCUAUGGUAAAAAUGAACAUUUUCACUAUAAUCUGCAACAGAAUAAUAUCACUGAUACACUUUAAUGCUUACCUCAACUAUAUUCUGAUACUUAACAAUAUAACUAUUUCACAAAUAUACACAUCCUUUAAUACAAAUAAAAAUUAGAUUUGAUUACAUAUAUUUUAAAGCACAUCUUAUAUUUAACAAAUUUUUAUCUCGAUUUCUAAUUGAAUUUUUGCAAGUAAAAUCCCUUGAUUUGCUAAGUAUUUAUAACAGUACCAUUACUAUUUAAUUUUAAAUAACAAAUUAUGAAAAUUAUAUAUAAAUAUUUUGAAUAUGACAAUCAUUAGUCACGUACAUCCCUUGAAUAUAGUCAAGUGAAGUUUGAUAUUUUGGACAUAUGAUUUUGAAUCAAUUUACAUACGAUAAAAAUAUAUUUAAUAAAUGACAAAAAUCCUUUAAAACACAAUAGUACAAAAAAGUAAUAUUAUAAAUAUUUUAAGGCUUUAACUAAUAAUGAUUAUGUUUUAGUAAGAUAUAUAUUAAAGCUGAAACUAUUGUGUUAUUAUAAAGUGGAACUGAAAUGAAAAAAAAAAACUGAAACUAAAACCAAAAUAAAAUUGCAAAAUUCCGAAAGGUUAUUAUUUCUCUAAAUUCAAAAAUCAAAACCAAACUAAAACUAAACCAAGAACUGAUAAUGUAUCCAAAUAUUUGAAAAAAAUAAAAAAUAAUAAUUAUAAUAUAUAAAAUAUAAUUAUAAAUUAAAAUAUCCAAAAUCCCUUAAUUACCUAACUUUUUUUUGGAUUUCCCCGGGGUUUAGAGGGGUCUUCAAGAUUGUUGGCUUUAAACAUGAAUCAAACUAAAACUAUUACUAAUUCGGUUCAACUUUGGAUUUUACAAAAAUAUAAAUGUGACUCAAAUCCGACAUUAUCCACACUGAUCUGAUCAGAAAAAAUGUAUGGUUCCUAAACGGGUCCUACACUCCAGCCUAGAUAACCCAAAACAAAAUAACCUGAAAAGACCUGAACUAAAACCUGAAUUUUUAGGACUAUAAGACGUCAAAAUAAAUUACUUUCUAUUAUAGACGUCAAAACUAAUCAUUCAAUUCAAAUAAAAAAAUUGUAAUAAUUUCUAAAUUAAAAAAUUUAUCCCGCGCUUUCAAAGCGCGGGUCAAAAUCUAGUAAGUGCUUUUAAAACCAUAAAAUUACAUUCUUAAAUUUUGAAUUUAAAACCAUAUCUUUUUUGUCUAUCCCACAUGGCCACAUCAUUCAAGUCUUGUAAACUUGUUUUCUUUUUUAAAGGAGAUCCAGUUUAAUUUCUCUAUCUAUCUUUCUUUUGAAAAAAAAAAGUAUAAUAGCUUCUCCCUUUUUAUUCCAUAGAGUUUACUAUCCUCUUCACGUUUGUUUGUUUGUUUUGCUUUGAGAUAAAUGUAUUGUAUUUCAUGUAACCUGAUAUUUUGCAUGGAGAAACAUGUAAUUUCAUUAGUGAGAAAGUUAAUCAUUGAUUGAUAAAAAAAAAAGUUGGAAAAUUGGGUCCUGACCAAUUAUGUGCCAUGCAAACUAAUACAAGGAUACAAAUGGAGAAACGGUCGAUUUCAGAAGGACCGACCCCUUUUGAAAUACGUGGCUUAGAAAAUUCACUAACGGCCCCACAUGUUAGAUAAAUAUGGGCCACACGAUUAAGAAUAUAGUUUGGCCCAUCAUGGAUCAUUUUUUUGAUUGACUAUUAACAGGAGGCCGAAUCCAUUCUCCACCACUAGUGUGGUAGCCGAGGGAGAUGUUUAAAUUCCGCAAGAACGAUUACUAGUUUUGGUUUAGACAAAUGUUAAGAGUUAGAUAUUUGUAUUAAUGUAUGCAACUUGUUACAUACACCUUUUUAAUACAGUUUCAGGAUGAGUUUAUUCAAUCUUUUUUUUGUUAAGAGGAAAACCAAGUUUCAGUAUUUUCAGAUGCUUUUAUCUAAAAAUAAUAAUUAAGUACAAAGUAGUUUCAAAUAAAAAAUAUGAUAGAGAAGAUAUAUAAAACAUCAUGGUUCAUGAUAUGGGUUGAUAAAGUCUCAUGAUAACAUUGAUAAGGGAACAUAUACAUAUAUGAUAGAGAAGAUAUAUAAAACAUCAUGGUUCCAAUAUACGGACCCAUAUUGGAGAUUUUUGAGUGUCAUUGCCAUUAAUGUUCAAAAACGACGUAACGUCGUUGUUAAAGUAUCUAUCAUAUCCAAUAUAUUUUCGGAACUAUCAAAGAUAAAGCUUUCUGCAUCUACUAUUUUUUUCUAAACCAAGAGUUUAUAUAUGCUUUAGACUUGUAUAUUUCUUCGGAGUACAGGAGGUGAAAGCUUGCAAGUUAGUUUUACUUUUUACUCUAAAGCCUGAUGACUAUCCAGGUUGAACUUAUGAACUAUCGUCCUCGAAUCUAUUAUUAUUGUCUUUGACCUAAAGUAUAUUGGUCUGAAAUUAUGGUGAUAUAUCUCACUAUAUAGAUCGAUCAAUUUUGGGUGCACAGAGAAAAAAAAGAUCGAUCAAUUUUGUUGAAUUGGACAAUGCAACAAAAGAUUUUUAAAAUAUUCUAUAAUUGAAGAUCCAUCGGCCCAAUGAAACAAUCUUAUAUAUCCAUAUUAGUGACGGCCCAUAAUUCAUCAAAUUCCUUGGUGGAGCUGGAGUAUCUAAAAUGAUUGCAUCUACAUGACUUAAUUCCUUAGUGAAACACUUGCUCAAAUAAAGGUCUUUCAAGUAAGAUCUUAGUUCAGCUGUUACUCAAAUGUUAUAAAGAGCUGGUAUAGACAGAACUUUUGUUGUAUUGGUGGAGAUCGGUUUUCCGCUUCUUAAAAAUGUAUUAUCCCUUCCAAAGUUACCGAUUGUCCAUACGAAUAUGCGUUAUAAUGGUUGAAAUUUUAGUUUUUGUUGAGUCAAUCUUAAAAUAUGAUAGCGACAAACUAUACAAUUGUGAUGAUGGGCACUUUAAGUUUUAAUCGAGUAAACACCAAAAACAAUUAUAGUAGCCAAAUAACAUUAAUACACUUGAUAUAUGCUACAUUGAGUUCACUGCAUGUUUACGGGUUCAACAUUACCAACGCCUCAAGAAAAAAAACAUUAUAAGAACUAAAUAUGACGUAACUACUUGAAAAUUUACCCAAGAAAUGGUGGGAAGGUUUCAUACUCCAUUCCUAAUGCCAAGACAAGAAUUAGAGAUAAAAAUAAGACCUAUAGAAUUAGUCUAAUCAGGAUUAGCAUCUAAUCUAUGCUAGAUUCCGUUUUAGCCUUUUAGGAUAAAUCCCCUCGAGUGACCGAAACAGAAGCUUUCAAGUUCAAACUAAUUUACGAGUGAAACAAUCGGAUAUCUUAUCACUAUAGCAUAUAAAUUACUAAAUAUGGUUGAAAUCAUAAUGUAAAUAUGGCAAUCCUAUUUUCAACUUCAAAAUGAGUUAUAGAGCCAACAUGACACCAUAACUGAUUCAUAUUAUUCACUCUUACUUUUACCCUUAAUAUAUAUAGCAGAUUCUAAUGAUUUGGCCUACAUAGAGGAAGAGUUUGAAUUGGGAUUCUAUGGUUGUUUUGGGAAUGUAUAGAUGGAUAUUAUCCUUUCGAACCGUGGAUUUUCAAGUCUAAGAAUUGGACUUUGCCACAACUAUUUCAACACGUGUAACCAUUACAAGUCAUGUAUUGAGCAUGUCAUUUACACAUGGAACCACAUAGAAGAGUUAGCUGUCAAACCUUUUGAUGCAUGUAAUAGCUUUCAACGUUCAACUUCUAUCAUGUUUUUUUUUGGCCAGAAGCAAGAAUGGGUAUUUAUCUGACUUAAUAUUACUGGUUUAAGGUAUUGAAUAUUGUAUGUGAUGUAAAGGAUUUGAGAAGUUAAGGUAAGAGUGAAUACUUAAUAUCUGUAAAGAGGCUUUUAUUUAUGUCAAAAUAAAAUAGUACAGAUGUUUAUAUUUUAGCACUGGUGUAACAUAUCCUGAUUCUAGCUGGGAGAGAACUGCUAGCUGAGAAUAAAAAUUAUGCUGAAAUUGUGAUAUUUGAUUGUAUAUUUAUCCACUGGUAUGUACUGCCGACUGCCUUCUGACCAAGAGAUUGAUGAUAGUUAUAUUUGCACAUACUGUAGUUUGAUUGUUUCGUACUAUCAUUAGUAUGAUCAGUGACACUAUUAUAUGGACACAGAACCAUUAAUUUGUUAUAAAAGGAAAAUCUUACAACAGCACCAAUUGAUCUUUAUUUUGUUGUUAAAACCACGGUCUUUUGUUCACAAAUCACAAAUUAAUGGAAAAUACAAAAAUAAAAGAGAAAUAAUCGAGGCAACAUAACAAAAACUUAAUUUGACGAAGGAACUAUAAAUUAAGCGUAGAAAACGAAUUGUAGCUUCUUAUAAUAUUUGUUAAUUCAGUGAUUCUUCAUCACAUCUCUAAUUAUCAUAGAUGAUUUUUAACAAGAUGAUUACGUCUGCCGAGACCAGAUAUUAGUUGAACUCGAAGGGAAUUAAUCAGAACGAAUGUGCUCAUUGAUGAUUCACAUUUUAGCACUUAAAUUUUAUUUUCCCCAUAAAAUAUGUCAUUAUCUUACCUCACUCGACAUACUUGACCGGUCUCUUGUCGCCAAGUUUUGCCGCACAACUAUAAAUAGAUGUGCUGCGCUCAUGCACUCUUCACUACCCAAAAACAACAUCUUCCCUCACAACAAACCGAACAAUUGCUAAAGUGACAAACCAAAACAUGGGCAGCCUCAAGUCUCUCGCUCUCUUGGCUUUGCUCUUUUCCCUCUCUCUCGCUGUUUUUGCCGACACAUCCAAUGACGCCGCUACACAUGCUAAGGAAGAAGUGAAACCAAGUGAAGCGACCGAUGCCAUAGAGCCACAACAACGUGGUUGUAGAUACGGAUGCUGCGGAGCCUAUGCUUAUGGACAGUGCGCCGCUUGCUGCAGCCGACCUCAGGCCGCGGAGGCCGAAACCGAGGCCAAUGACGUUGUUGUAGAGCCUGAGCAGCGGGGGCGUGGUGGUUGUAGGUACGGAUGUUGCGGAUCCUACGCUUUUGGACGGUGCAGCGCUUGCUGCAGCAAAGCCCAAGCUGAGGAGGCUAUGAAUACCGAGGCUGUUGAGGAGAACGCUGUUGAGCCUCAGCAAAGGGGUGGUGGUUGUAGGUACGGAUGUUGCGGAUCAUGGCGUUAUGGACGGUGCAGCUACUGUUGCCGAGGUCCUCAAGCCGAGGCUGAAGUUGUUGAGCCCCAGCAAAUCCGUAGAUGUAGGUACGGUUGCUGCGGAAGGUACCCUUAUCCGCGAUGCAGUGUUUGCUGUACCAAGAAGAUGGCUACAGAGGAAGAGAAGAAAACAGAAGAAGCUAAGCCAUGAAUUGGCGUGUAACACAAACUCUUAUGUUUGUAUGCAUGGAAUGAAUGGUUAUUACUAUUACGUACGUAUGUCAAAAUAAGAGAAAUGUUGCAAAGCUCUAUGUAGCUCAAUAAAAGAAGUCUUAGGUUCUUAUGCAUGUAUUUUGUAUUUUUGUUAUGUGGUGUUUUCUCGUGAAGAUUACAAUAAUAACAACUGUUUAAUAUCAAAUCGUCACGGUAUUUAACUUAUAAUAAUGAAAAGCAUGUCGCUAGCUAGGUUAAAAAAAUCAUAGUAUAAUCCCCACUGAUCAUCACCCUUAUAUAACUCAUGAAAAGUUGGAUUAAAUUUAACAAUUUUCCAUAAUGCGUAAAAGAUGUUACACCAUCAGUCCAUCAUAAAACUUUGGUGUAAAAUGGCUAAUUUAAUUUCUGUGUAUUAUUAUUUUGUUUUGAUAAUUAAGAGGUUUCGUUGUUAAUAUAAUGACAAAUUAGUCUUAAUUACCACUAGCUAUGAAAAACACAUUUGUUCUUAAUCUAUGUCUGUAUCAUCCGAUUUACAUCCACUUAAUAUUUUCACUACUCCACUAAUUGGUGGUCUUCUUCUUCGGAAUUUUUUUUUCAGAAUUGUAGGGUCAAAAUUUGUUAUUAUGAAGUUAUGAAUGUGUUUGAGGGGAGAAGGGGUCCUCCAUCAUCAAAGAAAUAUGGACGGUUGUGCUGGAGUUUAACGAGACAAGAUCUUGAUAGGAUAAUAUUAUUUGACUAUAGAUUUCUAGUUAUUAAGAUUCAAAGCAUGUCUUCCCGACACAUCGUGCAUUUCAAUUUCAUGAUCAUUCUAUUCAUCUAAUCGCUUUUUAGUCAACUCCCCGGUCCUUUGACUCUAGCUUCUGAUCAAUCUCUUUGAUAGCUAAACUGAAUGUAUAUAUAAUCUUAGAUAAAUUUUGUUUGUGUCUGGUAAUGGUUGAACUUCAAGGUAAAUAGAGGACAUUAAAAACACUAAAAAUUGAGUGGCGACAUUCGAUUCAGACACUAUUUUAGUUUUCGAGUCUAAAAGGAUUCCAUUCAUUCAAAUACACGAUUUGAAAUUAACUUGUUGAUGUUGACAUUCGAUUAGACACGAUUUUAUAAAGCUGAUCGUAUAAUAAUAAUUCUAUAUCAGAUAACUAAUCUUAGCACAAAUGACAUGCUUUUCCCAUAUCAUAUCUAGUUGUGUGAGUAAAUUUUAGUUUAAGAAAGCGAAUUUACUAAGAGGAGACAUAAUUUUUUUUUGAGAUUACUAGAAAUCUUACGGCAUAGCCAAUAUAUAUAGUCUGUUAACAAACAAAACAAAGCCAUAGUCUUACAGUGUUAUUUUGUUUAGGAUAACACAACAAAUAAAAAGUGAAACUAUCAACAAUAAAGUGAUCAUACAAUGGGAAAACUAGAAGAGAAAAAAAGUUGAAAUGAGAAGGACAAUAUGGAACCCACUGGAGCAAUAAGAGGGGAUGGUAAUCGGAGGGACUUUUCAUGUGUCCACCAUACUUUGGAUACGUGUCGUCCAGAUACAGAUGAUGCUACAAAGAUAACGAUGAUGAUGGGCAUGACCAUGGUAGGCAAAUCUUUGGCAGAUAAUCAAGUGAGCAUUGCCAUGUCCUUGCCACUACCGCAUAACCCAACUGCUACAGUUUCACAUUAUCAACGAAUCUUACUGGCAUGCAUACGAGAAGCGCCACCGCCAUUUCACAUUUAUGUCAUUAUUUUAACAUUAUACCAAAAUGCAAGAAGUUAUGAUAACUGAAGAAUUAUUCUUAUGGUUUAUUACUUAUAAUAUUCCUUUUGCCUUUAGUGCGAUGUAAUAUUGUAUUUUUUCAUAAAAUAAUAAAGCACGAAUAGUUGAUUAUAUUUUGAUGAGAGUGCGUGCAUGUUCUUAUAUUACCAAUAAGAAACCUACAUUUGGUUGCUAUUAUAUAAUGCAUAUAUAAAGUCUGAGACAAUAAAAAAGACUGAGACAAUAAAAACUUACAAAGCCUUUAAAAAAGUGAAAAAUUAACCCAAAUAAAAACAAAGUGAAACAAAACAAGUAAUUUGAUCCAAUUUUUUUUUUGAUCCAAAAUAAAAACAAAACAAGUAACAUACGCCCUUCUUAAAAAAAACAAAAACAAAAACAAAAGUAACAUAAAAUUACAUCCAAUAACUAAAUGAUACGAAACAUGAGACGUCACAUCGAGUUGCAUGAAUCCACAGAGUCCACAACACUAAAAUGCAAAAUACAAAUAGGGACAAUGAAUCUUUUAAUCUAUGUGGUCCGAUGAAAAUCUUUUGAAUAAACCCACUCAGCCAAGAAGAAAAACAUUUAUUUAGUUAAACUAUAUCAAUGCAUAUUUCAUUCUCUUGAAUACAUUUGUUUUCAAACGUUAAAUCAGUAAUGGAAAAGUAAUUUACCAACAACCGAACUACUAUUACUAUAUUGCUUGUAUUAUUAUUAAGUUCUAUAACAUUUGGUUGGUCGUUUCAAUUAUAGUCUAAAACAAGUACUAUCUAUGGGCGUUAAGAACUUGAAAUAACAUGCAUGUGGUUGUGAUAAUAUAUAUGUUAAUCAGAUCCCUUAUCUUCUUAUCUUAAUUCUACAAAGUCUUCGGUGGAUAAAACAAAUCCUUUAAAAUCUUCAUAUAGAUUUCUUUUCAUUAUUUUUAUCCAUUACAAAAGUUUCUUUAAUAUUUUCUCUCUCGUUCUCUUGUUAGAACAUUACUUUAAACUUGCUUAGUCCGUAACUCAAAGCUAGAUCCAAUCUUAGUUUUAUUUUCCUGUCCGCCUCUCUGUCCUCUCUCUUAAUCUCAUUGACAACUCUCAACAUUUCCUGAAAUAAACGAGCAUAGAGAAUCUUUUAUAUAUAAGAGAACGAAAAACAACAAGAAGCUGGAAACUUUGGAUAUGGGUAUGGCAACAGAGUCACAGUUCCAUGUUUUGGCUGUUGAUGAUAGUCUAGUUGAUCGGAAAAUGAUAGAGAGAUUGCUGCAAAAGUCUUCAUGUCAAGUAACUACAGUUGAUUCAGGGUCUAAGGCUCUUGAGUUUCUGGGUUUGAGAGAAAGCAAUGAGAGCAACGACCCAAAUGCACCCUCUUCAUCACCUGUAACACAUCAGGAAAUUGAAAUAAAUCUUAUAAUUACAGAUUACUGCAUGCCUGGCAUGACUGGUUAUGAUUUGCUCAAGAGAGUUAAGGAAUCAGCAGCAUUUAGAAGCAUUCCCGUAGUGAUAAUGUCAUCUGAGAACGUUCCUGCUAGAAUCUCCAGAUGUCUGGAAGAAGGAGCUGAGGAGUUCUUCUUGAAGCCAGUAAAGUUGGCUGAUCUUACCAAGUUGAAACCUCAUAUGAUGAAAACCAAACUGAAGAAAGAAAGCGAGAACUCAGCAAAAGAAGAUAAUGCAGUUUUGAAACAUGAGAUAAGAAAAGAAGAAGAACCAUCCGUGAUUGAAGUCUUGCCUCUACAUCAAGAAGUUGAACAAGAACCAAUGUUGAGUAAUAAUAAGAGGAAAGCAAUGGAAGAAGUGAUAUCUACUAAUCGAUCACGUCCUAAAUACAAUGAUAUCACAACCUUGGUUUGACCCUUUCUCUCAUUCGGUGUCCUGCCGAAGUUUCUAUAAAACAAACUUUGCUUCAGAGUUUUUUCACUUGGGUUUGUUGUAGGAAUGCUUCUUCUGGUAAGUACAGGGCUGGCAUAGAGAAUUAAGAGGAGAGAUAUAUGUAGAUAAUGAUGGUAAUGGACCUAAUGGUAGUGGUUUUAAUUUAGUAUUGUUCAUUAUGAAAAAUCAGUAGUUUCCCAGUUUUGUUUAUUUUUCUUAGUUUUCUGGUAUCAAAACAAUCUCAAGAGUAAAUAAAUUUUAAUGAGUUUCUUA